CGGGCUUUUGACCCAUGGCCAUUUGGUGAGGGUUGAUUUUUCCUCCCGCCGCCAUGGAUGAUGCCUACCACCAGGCUGACUCACGCUGGCGCAGCGUGCGCGACUUCGAGUCGCUGAGCGGGGCCUUCGCCGGAGAGGCCUGGGCCAAGGAAUUGCUCUGGAACCCGACGGAGGAUCCCCGGUGCGAGCGCCUGAAUUGCCCGGAGCCGAACGCCUACCGAUUGGUUGUGGACGGCGACGUCUUCUUGUUCCCUUCGCUGCUUGGCCUGCAGGCGCAGUCUGAGCUGCUGUCGCGGCUGCUGAGCUCUUGGGCCUGUUCCCCCAACCGCAGCAAUUUGGAGGCUACGGAUCUGGAGGCGUCCCUGAGGGCCUUCUAUGGGAGCGAGGAUGCGGAGGAGGCGGCCAAAGUGUCUUUGGUGGAGCGCUUGCGCUGGGUCACCCUGGGCCGGCAAUACGAUUGGUCCACCAGGACCUAUGCGCCUGAUGCGAUGCCUUUGCCCGAGUUGCUGGUGAGUCAUGCGGAAAGAGCGGUGGAGCUCUUGCAAGAGGCGGGGCAGUUGGAGGCGAGCGAGCCCUUCCAGGCUGCGAUUUGUAACCUGUACCACGCGGCCCGGCGGCCUUCGGAUCGGCUCGGAGGGCACCGGGAUGACGUGGAGGAGGACACCAGGUCCCCGCUGGUGACGCUGAGCUUGGGCCUGCCCUGCGUCUUUCUGCUGGGAAAGGACACGCGGGCGGCGCCGCCCCUGCCACUUCUGCUCCCCGGUGGGGCGGUGCUGGUGCUCGCGGGCAGGGCGCGCCAGGCCUUCCAUGGGGUGCCCUGCGUGCUGGUGCCGCCCUCGCUGCAACUCAAGGGCCGGAGUCCCAAGCGACAGAAGAUGCAAGCGACACCGCUGGCUUGGGUGUACCAGCCCUGGCUUGACGCGCGUCAAGCCGCGGAGGGCGACUGGGAGAAGGAGCGCGACGCCAUCCGGUACUUGCUGACGAGGGCGAGAGUGAGCUUCAGCAUCCGCUCAGUGUGCAGCGACAGUGAGCAGGAAAGAGCUGACCGGAGCGAGCGCGUGUCGGACAAGAUCCAGCGAUCCGCCCGGCUGCGGGGCCUCGUCUUCGCCCUCGCCGCCGCUUUCGCGCUCAGUUCUUCGCGCCCCUUCGCGGCUCCUGGAAAGGACAAGGCGGAGGCCUCGGGCUAUGAGGCGGCGUUUCAGCAGCGGCUGCAGGAGGUGAAGGCUGAGACGGCGAAGAAGCCUAAGGCCAAGAAGGCGCCAAAGGCGGACCCUGCCUGGUGGUCCUUCUUCGAGGACCGUGCCGGCGCUGAGGGUCAGGGCAAGAACUUCCUGAACCCCACCGAGUGGAACUAUUUGGUGUACCUGGCUGGGGCUCUGGCGGUCCUGACCAGCCUGGUCUUUGCUUACAAGAUGUCGCCCUGGGGCCGGGGUUUCUGA